AUGGUGACUGCAGGUAUUGUAGUGCUAUUGUCCGUUCUGGGUCUCAUGUCGCAAGUCAGAACGUUGCCAGGAGAUGCCACUGGACUGCUCGUGGCCACUGAUGCUGCAGCAGCAGUGCCUACCUUGGAUGCCUUGCCGCGGACCCUAUUUGCGGAAAUUGAAGAACAAUCCAAAAAUGUAAUGCCGCUCUUCUUUGGCUCUUCCACUACUACGGAUAGUAGUACCAAUGCUACCUCAUCAACAACAUCAAAGUCAGCCAUCAUAUCAUCCACCACUACCGUAUCAUCCACACCAACCACACCUGCCGUCAGUCAUGGCAAAUAUCCCACUUUUGAUUGUGCCCAACUCUUGCACGAGCUAAAAACAAACGAGGCUACUCAAAAAUUGGAUCCCAAUUUGGGCAUAAUAUAUUCCCGACGCGUCCGUGACGUUCCAUCAUUUUUUGUUGCGAUGCACAAUGAGACAUUUGACAAUACACGAUGGCAAAUCAUGAGGUAUGGAACCUACUACGAAAAGAAACUCACUGCCGCCUUUCAAGAAGUCUUACGAAAUGCACCCAAGGGAGCACGCGUACUCGAUGUGGGAGGCAAUAUUGGAUUCUUCUCACUCGUCUCCGCAUCCAUGGGACCCUUUGUCAUUGAUACCUUUGAACCUAAUAUUAAGAACCGCAUGCGCUACUGCGAAUCCUUGCAUCUCAAUCGAUGGAUUCACACCGAAUUUGAUGAUCCCGAACUUUUGGCCCUGGCUGCCAAGAAAAAUCAACCACGUACCAAUCUCUACGGGUACGGAGUAGGACAAGAAGAAGGACACUUCUUGUUCGAAGAACACACCAAUCCCGGUAUGGGAGCCGUCGUCAACUUCAAAACGGGUCCCGGGGUUCCCAAUGCCAUUCAAAUUGUCACAUUGGACAAUUUUGCAAAAGAUCGAGGAUGGUUUGACAACAAUCCACAACACAUUGCCAUUCUCAAAGUCGAUGUCGAAGGAUUCGAAUACAGUGUCAUUAAUGGCGCCAAACAAUUGCUCACGUCGGGAAUGGUGCACAACAUCUUUAUGGAAAUCAGUGCCCGUACCAUACCGGAAGCUGAUUCCAAUAUUCCACUCUUGACAUUCCUAUCGGAGCAUUACAGACUCCAUGCCAUUGGCGGAUGGAUCGGACCCAACAAGCUCGUAAACUGGCCCAAGGAUGAUGAUCUCAAUCGGAAAAUUUUAGUGGCGGCCAAGGAAGAGGGCGCCAAGCAACUCAACCUGUGGUGGAGGUUGCGAUUCAAAAAGGAAUACGCGACUCAAGACAGCGCAGUCUAG